GUGCUAUUUAUUUUGGAAACUUAUUUACCGCUACAAUAUAUUCAAAACGGGAUCGGAACUCCACAGUAUUCCAAACUGCAAGGACUAAUAUAGGUUGAUAGAUCUCCUAUUCUUAUUACUGAAGACUGAAGAUUGAGUCUGAAAAUUACGUUUGUGGUUUAAAAUUGGCUCUUUGACAUCACGCGCUCAGUAUGGUUCAUCUGGCACUUUCUCUAAAUGCCAUCCGUAAAGCUACAAAGUUGAACCGUUUAACCAACUUAUACCAGUCUUUUAAAUGUCGAAACCGAAGUUACACUAGCGGAUACACUAUUAUUGACCAUUCAUUCGAUGCGGUGGUUGUUGGUGCAGGUGGGGCGGGUUUACGUGCAGGUUUUGGCCUCGCAAAUGAGGGUUUCAAAACUGCAAUUAUAACAAAAUUAUUUCCAACCAGAUCUCACACCGUUGCUGCUCAGGGUGGAAUAAAUGCUGCUCUUGGGAAUAUGGAGCCUGAUGACUGGCGUUUCCAUAUGUAUGAUACAGUCAAAGGUUCCGAUUGGUUAGGUGACCAGGAUGCUAUUCAUUACAUGUGUGAAGAGGCUCCACAAGCCGUUAUCGAGUUGGAAAACUAUGGAGUACCUUUUAGUCGCUUGGAGAACGGCAAAAUAUACCAGCGAGCAUUUGGUGGUCAGAGCAUAGACUAUGGGCGCGGCGGUCAGGCCCAUCGCUGUUGUGCAGUUGCGGAUCGAACUGGGCAUUCACUUUUGCAUACAUUAUAUGGCCGGUCAUUACGUUAUGACGCCACUUAUUUCAUUGAAUAUUUCGUAUUGGAUCUUCUCAUGGAAAAUGGCGAGUGUCGUGGUGUCAUUGCUGUGUGUUUAGAGGAUGGGACUUUGCAUCGUUUCCGUUCUAAAAAUACAGUUCUCGCUACAGGGGGUUAUGGUCGUACAUACUUUUCCUGUACUUCAGCACAUACUUGUACAGGUGAUGGAACGGCAAUGGUCACACGGGCUGGGUUGCCUAAUCAAGACAUGGAGUUUGUUCAGUUUCAUCCCACAGGAAUUUAUGGGGCUGGGUGCUUAAUCACCGAGGGCUGUCGAGGUGAGGGUGGUUAUCUCAUUAAUAGUAAAGGAGAGAGAUUUAUGGAGAGAUAUGCUCCUAAUGCUAAAGAUCUAGCUUCUCGGGACGUUGUGUCAAGAGCAAUGACAAUUGAGAUUCGCGAAGGACGAGGAGUUGGCCCUAGGAAAGACCACAUAUUUUUGCAACUUUCUCAUCUCCCGGCAGACCAACUACACAGUCGACUACCUGGUAUAUCGGAGACAGCAAAAAUAUUCGCAGGUGUUGAUGUUACAAGGGAUCCUAUUCCUGUGUUACCUACCGUCCACUAUAAUAUGGGGGGAAUUCCUACAAACUAUAAAGGACAGGUGCUGACUUAUGAUCCGGUUGCUAAGAAAGAUAAGGUUGUUCCUGGACUAUAUGCUGCUGGUGAAGCUGCUUGUGCAUCGGUUCACGGCGCUAAUAGACUAGGUGCCAACUCACUACUUGACAUAGUUGUGUUUGGUCGUGCAUGUGCGCUUGACAUUGCUGCGAAAAAUAAGCCUGGAGACGCAGGUCCAGAGUUAAAACCAGAUACCGGGGAGGUCUCCAUCGCUAACUAUGAAAAACUCCGGACCGCAAAUGGAAAUUAUCCAAUCGCGCAAGUUCGAUUAGAAAUGCAGCGAACAAUGCAAGAGUAUGCUGCAGUAUUUCGUGAUGGUCCUACUCUCAAAGAGGGCUGUAGAAAAAUGUAUGAAUUAUAUGCUUCUCGAAUGAAUGAUUUAAAAGUUAGUGAUCGCAGCAAAAUAUGGAAUAGCGAUCUAAUGGAAGCAUUAGAAUUACAGAAUCUGAUGCUAAACGCUUUACAGACUAUUGUUGGAGCUGAAGCCCGUAGAGAAUCGCGUGGUGCUCAUGCACGUGAAGACUUUCCUAAUCGGUUAGAUGAAUUCGACUACUCUCAACCUAUUGAUGGACAAAAGCCUAAGCCAUUUGAAGAACAUUGGCGAAAACAUACUCUGUCUUAUCAGGAUGUUAAAACGGGUGCUGUAAAAUUGGAAUAUCGUCCUGUAAUUGAUAUCACCUUGGAUUCUAAGAGCUGUCCAACUGUCCCUCCAAAACUACGCACUUAUUAGGUUAGUUAAAUUUUCUUAGCAGUUUGAAAUAUUGGUAAUGAGUUAAAUAUUUGUGAAACUCGGAUUAUUUAUCAUUUCUAACCCUCUUUCAUGGUGAAAAGUACAGUUCUGUUUUGUUUCAUGUUCGUACGUUAAAGUGUUUCUCAGAAUUAUUCAUGCAUUUUUACGAUACCAUCGAGUUUCGUGGAUGGAAAUAAGAUUUGUUUAAACGUUUGAGGUUGACCAUUAUUCCUCUGGAUAAAAUUUCAGUAGUGUUAUAAUUUGUCCAGAUUGUUCGAAAUGUAUAACCCUAAUACAUCACAUUUUUCAGAUCAACUCCGUCUUCUCAUUGUUCUAUCGAAAUUUAUAAUUUUGUCGUUUGAAUGCUUAUUAUCUUGGCUCUUUUAAUGCUACUUUUUUGUAUCUGGUCGUCGCUGAUUCUUAUGUCUGAAACACUUAACACUUAUACUCGUAACAAGGGUCCUCUGCAAUUCCCACGACGCGAAAGUAAGAACACAAAGACUGGUAUAAGUGAUGAUUUAUUUACCCCAAAACAUUAUGAAGACCCUAGUAGAAAAUACACUCAUUUAUAUAUUGAUUGUACACCCAUUUCGAUUAAUAAUUAAAAUGUAAUCACAUAUAUAACAAAUCACAUACUGAGCAUAGUUCAUGUCAAUGGAAUACAAGAAUAUCGUAUAUUAUACAGAAGAAAAUACCAUACUGGGAAAACAAAUCAAUUACUACACUGAAUUAUUAUUAUUAUUAUUAUUUAAACACAUAAACAUCGGUACAAGGAGGCUUACUUACUUACUUACUUACGCCUGUUACUCCUCGUGAAGGAGCAUAGGCCGCUCACCAGCGUUCUCCAUCCAACCCUGUCCUGGGCAAUCCUUUCUAGCUCCGUCCAGUUGUAAUUCAUCGUUUUCAUAUCUGCUUCUAUUAUCCGACGCAAUGUGUUCUUUGGCCUUCCUCUUUUUCGCUUCCCCUCAGGAUUCCAAGUUAGGGCUUGCCUCGUGAUGCAGUUUGACGAUUUGCGUAAUGUAUGUCCUAUCCAUUUCCAUCGUCUUUUCUUAAUUUCUUCUUCAGCUGGAAGUUGGUUUGUUCUCUCCCACAGAAGGCUGUUGCUGAUGGUAUCCGGCCAAUGGAUGUUGAGUAUCUUGCGAAGACAGCUAUUUACAAGGAGGCACCAACUAGAUAUGCGUCACAUAAACCAUUCGAUUUGUGUGAGGGCUGUAAUACUGUCCGGGUGCCCAAACCGAAGCGGGUGGUUUUCUUAGGGGGCCACACCCCUAGCCUUUGACCUAAAGGCCUGACUCACAAGGCAGUGGAGCACCGUGAGGAGAUGCAGUCCCAUGAUAGCCGGUGACCGACGAUUGGUUCAUACGCCAUUUGUUCCCGCAGGAUACUGGAGCCCAUGUGCACCAUUGGUUUGGAAUCCGGUUAAAGCGCCGGACAUUCGCUUUUCGUCCUCUCAUUUUCGUAAACAACAGUAAUGCCACGAGAAGGCAGUGAGUAGGACUUCCCAGUCAGAGGCUAUAUACGCGUGGCCGUGUGAGAGCAUUUCGAGAGGGAAGGCUGGCCCACCCACUCCCGGCCAUACCAGGGCAUUUGGGGGCACUACACUGAAUGAUCCUCACGUUUAAUCAAAACGGAUGUACUGUUGAAUAAAACUCAUUAUGAGUAAUUCAAUCGAAAAUUGACUUUUCUUUCCAUCAUAUCAAGUAGUUUGUGUGAUUAUUUUUUAUCUACAAAUAUUAAUUCUUUGAGCUUCCAAGUUUCAUUUGUAAAGAUAUCCUAAUCGCCUCAUUCUAUAAAUGUUCAUAGCAAUUUUCAAAUUUUGCGUAGUAGGUCUGACCUCAAGAUAAGUCACUUAGUGGUCCCACCUUGUGCAAACAUCCGAGGGAAUUUACGACUGACUUUUCGAUUACUUACACUCUUGGUAGAUAAUUAUUAAGUUAUUAAAAUAGACAUACAAUGGAAGUUUUAAUGAGAACCAGUCCCGGUCAUUACACCACUCAGUUUUCUUGCAUAACAUUCUACUUAUCUUUACUUUUUUUUAUUGAGAAUGUUGUAGAUAUAAUAUGGUUUGAUUUUAGUCUAAAUUUGCACUAUCUUUGUGUAUUGUAUAGAUAGGAAUGUUACUUUAAUGUUUAUUAGUUUGGACAAUAGGGAAUUUCACAUUGUGAACGCAUUGAAGGAUAGUUAGCUAUGGUUAUACAAAGAUAAUGUAGUAUGAAUAGAAUCAAUAAAUCUCAAGAUAAAAUUUUCAAUAUUCACAUCAUAGUAAUGAAUACAACUAACACUAAAAUUAGUUUUAAUCUAUUGAAACUGUAAAACAGUGUAACUAAUAAAUGAUAUUUAGGAAAUUUGCGAGAAGUUGAAUUUUUCUGUUGACUUACUAUUUUAGUUUUCUUUAUCAUAAUACUGACAAGUAAUUUCUUGUUUUGUUUUCUCAGCAUACUCAUUGCUUAGGAUGAAUUUUUCAAAUGUGUAGCUUAAUAAACUGGAGAUUUUCUUCCGUUCAUAUUCAAAAUAACUUCGAUACCACCUUUUUACACUAAUUAUUUACUUGAUAUUACAAUUUAUUUGUGAAUGCUUUUGUCUAAUUAUCGUUUUCAAUAAAACAUCUCUUUACCAAAUGUA